GACCUGGUCUGCGCGCGGGGCCAACCGCUGCCAAGCGGUCUCUUCGCGGUGGAAAAAAUGAGCCAGGACUUGGAGCGAGCAGGGUCACGAGACUCAUCUUGAACGCGGUGCCAGGCAUCGCCGUCCUCGAGCCGCCCGUCGGGGAGGCGGGCAUGGUCGCCUCGUCGACGAGCUGGGUGUUGUUGCGCAUUCCCGAGGGCAAGCUCCUCCUGUGGCCGGGUGGCGACCAGGACGGGGCGUUCUUCUCGCGGCGUGCGCCGCGGCCUUGGCGCCGUUGCACGGUGGUGGGGCGCCCGCCUUCUGGCCGACGCUUCAGGCGCAAGGAGCCAGAGGUGCACCUCGCGUCGGCGGUCAUCGCGAUGGGGCGGGCGCCGGCGGUGCUCGCCUUCCAGCGCGUCCACGGGCGGCCGCGUCGCCUGCCGCCGCCGCUGGGCGCCGGGCCGCCGCUGAGAGCGGAGUGGCGGCCUGGCGCGCCGCGGCCCGUGGCAGCGGCCGCAGAGGAGGCCGACUCCGCGCGGCGGCAGGUCUACAUAGACGACUUCGGCGCGCCCGAGAUCGCGGAGGCGCGCUGCAGGCAGCUCCGCGUCGAACGCUCGAGCGGCGACGUCGACGGGGAGACGGGCCGCCUCGCGGCGACUUUGGCCAGCGCAACGGGGCCAGUCGCGCUGCGCUUGGCCCCCUUCAGGCUUGAGACCGCCCCGAGGCGCCUCGCGAUGACGAUCCUCCGCCGCUUCGCCAUGUUUUUCGAGUUUCGCAGGCCUCUGUUCAGCGUGCUCAACGAGGUCUGGAGGCUGAGUUCGCGGCGCUCCGAUGUCCGCUACUCGGCGGCCAUGCUCGUGGAGUUGCUCGUCGCUGUCCUGGUCACGCCCACCGAUGGCCGCGACCUC